CACCAGAUUCCUCGAUUUGGAUCUCUUUAUUCGCAAUCACACGGAGGCAAACAUCGCCACUCUCUCUCCAUCCAAAUCAGAAUCCUCUUUCGAUGCCAAACCUAUAAAAGGCCCUCCUUUGAAAAGAUUUUCCCCCUUCGAUCCCUUCCGCUGCUCUGUCUUCUUCUUCUUCUUCUUCUUCUUCUUCCCCAGUGAGAUCUGUCACCUCUUGGGUCCUCCGAACACCGGCUCUUGACUUCGCGUCUCCGUGGUUUCCAUUUGGGAUUCUUGAAUGUUCGAACACCUUUCGGGAACGCGCUGGUUCAGAUCCAGCCCCCAUCUGGUCCCGGAUCCGCACCGGGUCGAGUGAUCUCGAGAAAUUAGUAACUGGGUCGAUUUGAUUCUGCCCCCUGCUCGUCCUAAUUCGCGGAGACUAACUAGGAGGAACUCAAUUUUAAGUCUUACGACUAGGGUUAAAGAGGUUCGCGAGCCAAAUUUGUUUUUCUUCGUUUGAUCGGCGUGUGAGAGACUCUUGGGGAAGAGAGAAGGAAUUGUAAGUGUUCUGUAAUGGCCGACCAAGUAGAGGGGCUUGAAGGGUGCCAACCGGUGGAUCUCACCAACCAUCCCUCUGGCAUUGUUCCCACCCUCCAGAACAUAGUCUCGACUGUCAAUCUGGAAUGCAAGUUGGAUCUUAAAGCUAUUGCGUUGCGAGCUCGGAAUGCUGAAUAUAACCCAAAGCGUUUUGCUGCAGUCAUCAUGAGGAUUAGGGACCCAAAGACGACAGCUUUGAUUUUUGCUUCUGGAAAGAUGGUUUGCACCGGGGCCAAAAGUGAACAACAAUCAAAGUUGGCAGCAAGAAAGUAUGCAAGGAUUAUCCAAAAGCUUGAGUUUCCUGCCAAAUUUAAGGACUUUAAGAUUCAGAACAUUGUUGGCUCCUGUGAUGUGAAAUUUCCAAUCAGACUUGAAGGUCUUGCAUACUCUCACGGUGCCUUUUCAAGCUAUGAGCCCGAACUCUUCCCUGGUCUAAUAUAUCGCAUGAAACAACCCAAGAUAGUGCUCUUAAUUUUCGUUUCUGGUAAGAUUGUACUUACUGGGGCAAAGGUGAGGGAUGAGAUUUACACUGCCUUUGAAAACAUAUACCCUGUCCUCACCGAGUUCAGGAAGGUCCAACAAUGAAAUUCUUGGGGAGAAGCAUAUUUCCAUCUGCCAUGAAAACGAAGUAGUUUCAUGUGUAAAUACCCGAAGAGAAGAGGAGCAGAGAUGGUCCAUCUUUGAAAGGAUGGACUCGAGAACUUGAAGCCUUUUGGGCUCUCUGCGGGUUGAACCGUAGUGUUUGCUCUACCGUGGGUUCUCGGAAAAUUUUGUUGUAAAUAGUUAGCUAAGGUUGAGAGGCAUGUGCAAAAGGGAAAGAUGCUAGAUGGUCAGCCUUUUGCUAAUGAUUUUACGUUUGACGAGUUAUGUACAUGGAGUAGCCGUACGUCGAACUUUCUGAAUUUGUGAAAUGUAGUGGACUCAAAAUGCGCCAUGAUACACUCCAUGGAUCUAUCUGAACUGUUGAAGAGGAAAAAGAAAAGAACCAAAAUUUGAUUUC